AAUAAAGAAUUCAACACUGAUGGUCAUUGUCUAUCAGAAAGCCACCUGACGUUGGUUGAAUUGUAGAUAUGUAGUAAACAAAACCAUAUAUUUUUCUUUAGCUAGAAAAUAACUUAAGCUUUUUAAGUCCUUUUCCCCCUUUAUGCUGUUGUGUUGGCUUGCAACUUUUUGGGGAUUAAGGUAUGGAUAGUGCUGCAGGUCAAAUUCUCUAUCCUUUGCACCGUUGCAAAACUGUUCAUCUGGUUAGACAUGCUCAGGGAGUUCAUAAUGUUGCAGGAGAGAAGAACCAUGAUGAAUACAUGUCUUACGAUUAUUUUGAUGCACACCUAACCCCUCUCGGUUGGAACCAGGUUGAAAAUCUGCAAAAACAUGUGAAGGCAACAGGACUUUCGAAAACUGUCGAACUUGUUGUGGUUUCCCCAUUGUUAAGGACCAUGCAAACAGCAGUUGGAGUCUUUGGUGGUGAAGUAUACACUGAUGGGAUUAGUGAACAACCUCUUAUGAUGGAAAAUGUCGGACACAGUGAUCAUCUUGCAGUUUCUAGUCUGAACUGCCCUCCAUUUAUAGCGGUGGAGCUUUGCCGAGAGCAAAUAGGACUUCAUCCUUGUGAUAAGAGAAGAACCAUCAGCGAGUACCGGAAUAUGUUUCCAGCAAUUGAUUUUUCACUUAUUGAGAGUGAGGAAGACAUUUUGUGGAAACCUGACGUCAGAGAGAAGGUAGAAGCAGUUUCUGCUAGGGGCCUGAAGUUUUUGGAAUGGUUGUGGACACGUAAAGAGAAGGAGAUAGCAGUUGUUACCCACAGCAGUUUUCUGUUUCAUACCCUUCGUGCUUUUGGAAAAGAUUGUCAUCCGAACAUAAAGAGUGAAAUACGCAAACACUUUACUAAUUGUGAGCUGCGUUCAAUGGUCAUCAUUGAUAGAGGUAUGAUUGGAUCAAGUGAAUCAACAACUAACUUUCCUGGCAAGAUUCCUCGUGGCCCUGAUGUUCCCAGUGAAGCUGCAGACUAAACAUUCUGGGAUUAGGCGGAACAAACUGGACUUUUCAUUAGUAUAUAUGAUUCCUUCUUACUUGCAUUUACUAGCAAGGAUUCAAUUUUUUGUUUGACCGGAACAAACUCAAUCAUAUGACCAUUUUCAAAAUUCCUUUUUCCGGGCCUAAAACAUUGGUAAAGUUAGGUGAUAGAUUUGAAGAUGAUAAGCAGGAUGUGAGACAGGGUUUUUCCGAUUUUAUCCAAGUAUGUUGUAAAUAUGUAUACUUGCUAUGUAUCCAAGAGAACAAAAUAAAGGGCAGACAAAGGUCAAGAACAAAAAGAUUGAGAUAGUAA